AUGGCCGGCGGCUCUAAGGAGCCCAUCAUGGCGACGCCCCCCAAGCGGCGGGCCCUGGAAGACACGGGGGAGAAAGUGCUGCGCUACGAAGCCUUCGUCUCGGACGUGCUGCAGCGGGACCUGCGAAAGGUACUGGACCAUCGUGACAAGGUAUAUGAGCAGCUGUCCAAAUACCUUCAACUGAGAAAUGUGAUUGAGCGUCUCCAGGAGACCACACACUCGGAGUUAUACAUGCAGGUGGAUUUGGGCUGUAAUUUUUUCGUUGACACAGUUGUCUCAGACACCUCCCGGAUCUACGUGGCCCUGGGAUAUGGCUUUUUCCUGGAGUUGACAUUGGCAGAAGCUCUCAAGUUUAUUGACCGUAAGAGCAACCUCCUCACCGAGCUCAGCGACAGCCUCACCAAGGACUCAAUGAAUAUCAAAGCCCAUAUCCACAUGUUGCUGGAGGGCCUCAGAGAACUGCAAGGCCUGCAGGACAUCCCUGAGGAGCCUCACCAUUGA